AUGAGGCUGCUUUCCGUCACGUCCGCCGCCGGGCUGGCCGCCACCGUCGCCGCCACCGGCAAGCACUUUACCACCACCACCAUCACCAUCCCCGUCUACACCACGUACUGUCCUGAACCCACCACGUUCACGCACAAGAACCACACCUACACCGUCACCAAGGCCACGACCUACACCGUGUGCGAGACCACCACCAUCAAGAAGCCGCCGCCGCCGCCGCCCACGACCAAGAAGCAGCACCACACGCCCAAGCCGCCGCCGCACCACAACACCACCACCUGCGUCAUGGCCCUGGGCAUCGCCAUCGCCGCCUUUGUCAUCUAG